GUAGGCGUAGGCGUAGCGCAUAGCGCGCAUUAAUGGCGUGCUGUGUGCUGACUGCUGACUGGUGCCGGUGGCUGAUGGGCGCUUGGCGAGCGGCGACGCACUCAAGACUCCGUUCUACCAGAGCAGGUCACCUCGACAGAUUGCCUCAUUGGCCUUUGUCACACCCACUCACAGUGAAAACCAUCGCAUGACAAGUAAGCCUAAUCCGUAUGAACCUCCUCUCCCACAAUGCGCUCUCCGGCAGGGCGCGGGCCGACGGUGGACCUCAGCCACAACUGCCAAGUCUGGGCUCCUCUCGCUUGCACUUGCAAACGCGCGCGGGAGCUGGCUGCACCAGAAUUGGCUGUGACUCAUAGAAGAGCUAAGUCAAUGAAUCUGACGUCAACAACACCAUAGGCUCUAAUUUUGCCAGUGACAUGGAAUUAAUUAAUGCUUUUAGCUCACGCUUGACUUGCUUGACAGCCACCCUUCAUUUGCAUAUGUUAUUUUCGUCCUCCACAAGCUCUCUGUACCUAGCCUACUCCCCGGCCCAUCCAUGGCGAUGUGAGCAUCAACUGUUCGGUGGAGAACUGGAGAUGAUUCAUGCUCUGGAGUUCCAUCUAUAACUACACCAGGUCAGCACUCGGAACAUCUACUGCAAUUGUCCUUUUAGGAAUGAUAUUAGGAGCGCUGCAGAGGGAACAGGAUGAAUCUUCUGGAACAUAAGGUUGAAGAACUGAUCCCAGGGGCUGAUAAGUCAAGGUGGAUGGUGCAUAGUAAUCAUAACAUAAGAUGUUUCACAAAAUCUGAGGUAGAAAUCAUAACCAACAGCUAUAGAACUAUGAUCGGCAGAGGUGGCUUUGGAGAAGUAUUCCAAGGAGUUCUUGAGGAUAGAGGUAUGGUUGCAGUGAAGAGGUUUAUCAAUAAUGUGAAAGACGAAGAUUUUGCUAAAGAGCUGAUUGUCCAUCGUGAAAUCAACCACAAGAAUGUAGUAAAGCUCAUAGGUUACUGUAUGGAGGAAAAUGCUCUAAUGAUGAUCACCGAAUUCAUCCCUAACGGAAACCUGAGUGAUGUUCUUCACCGUGACAGUGGCCACAUUUCACUGGACAUGCGACUUAGAAUCGCCACAGAGUGUGCGGAGGCAAUGGCAUACAUGCACUCUUACAUGUAUACUCAGGUCAUCCAUGGUGACAUCAAGCCUGCUAAUAUAUUGUUAGAUCACAGUUUUUGUGCCAAAAUAUCUGACUUUGGAAUAUCAAGGCUAGUCAACACAGAUGAUACAUUGUACACUGGUAAUAUAAAAGGAAGCAUAGGUUAUCUGGACCCUUUGUUUGCUCGGGAUGGAUGUCUCACUGUGAAGAGUGAUGUGUACAGUUUUGGAGUUGUCCUGUUGGAACUGAUCACUAGGAAAAAGGCAACAACGAAAGUCUGGGGAGUCAGCAUCAUUGACCUAUGUACAGAUGCUCUUUCAAGAGGGAUGAGAGGGGUAUUCGAUGACAAAAUUGCUAACCAAGAUAACAUGAACAUUCUUGAAGGGGUUGCAAAGCUAGCAGGUGAUUGCCUGAGGAUGGAAAGAGAUAGACGUCCUGAGAUGAUUGCUGUGGCAGAGCGCCUUCGCAGGCUCAGGAAUGCUUCUCUUCAGGGACAAAAACGGAGAGACUGGUUUUCUUGGGCGAUGAAGAGCCUGCCUCCUGCACCUCCCUCUCCGGAACUGUACCGUAAGUUCUCAUAUGCAGAGAUGAAAGCUGCGACACAAAACUUUGACAAGUCGCUUCUUGUUGGUAAGGGCGAAUUUGGCAGGGUUUACCGUGGAAUGGUUGACGGCAGCGGAACAAAUGUGGUGGCUAUCAAGUGUCUGAAACGUCGUCAUACAGUAAAGAUUCAACCGAUGCUCCGCCACCACCAUCUUGUGCCAGUGAUUGGUUACUGUGAUGAGGAUGAGAUGAUCCUGGUUUAUGAGUACAUGGCUCAUGGAAGUCUGCGUGAUCACCUGUUUGAGGCACACAACUCACCUCUCACCAGGAAGUCACCCCUUAGCUGGAAGCAGCGUCUAGAGAUUUGCAUUGGUGCAGCACGUGGCCUUCACUACCUUCACACAUGUGCAGAGAAGGAUAUCAUCCAUCGCAACGUGAAGCUGACCAAUAUUCUCCUGGAUAACGAGUGGGUUGCCAAGAUUUCAGAUAACAUCGAGACGGAUCCAAUCACGGACACAAUAUGCAAUGCGCACGGUAAUAUCUACGAUCCUGAAUACGACUCCACCGGCAGGCUUACUGAGAAAUCAGACGUGUUUUCUUUUGGUGCUGUGUUGCUUGAGGUGCUCUGUGCCCAGCCAUUUCUGGGAAAAGAUUGCUUGUUACAUUGGGCGGUCCGUUGCAAGAAAGAGGGCAACCUUCAUCAGAUUGUCGACUGUCACCUAAAGAGAAAGAUGGAUCCACACAGUUUAUUCAAGUUUGUCGAAACUUGUGAGAAGUGUCUUGCUAAUCGGAGUAUUGGCCGCCCAUCAAUGGCGGAUGUGAUUGCCGACUUGGAGUACGCACUUCAGUUGCAGGAGAGUGCAGAGGCUGGUAGUAGGGCAGGUGAUGCAAUCAACCUGGACCUGGAGGUUGACAGCAAUAAUAAGGACUCCAUGGCCUGGUGGUACCUAUCAACGUCAUCUUCUGGCAGCUCCUGAUGAACACCACGCAGCAAGCUUAAUCUCACUACCUCACUACCUGGUGGUACCUAUCAACGUCAUCUUCUGGCAGCUCCUUAUGCUUUCGUGAGCAGGAUACCACAGUGUUGUGUAUUACUAUCAUGCCAAGUAGCUUGUCAACUGCUGUCCUUACAAUCUCCUAUUGGCUUGUACUUACAAUCUACGACCGGGUCGGGACUCGGGAGGGUUCAAAAUUUUGCCAAAAUUUCACGAAUUACGGUGAUGGUCGAAAGAAAAAUCCGAAAUUUUGUAUAA